GCCGCCUCUCGCUCCUCUCCUCUAGCCGCCGACGACCCACCAACGAGGAGGAGAUGCCGCCACUCGCAUCCAAGCGCCGCAAGGCAUCACCUUCCCCGCCGCCCUCCGACGCUUCUUCCGACUCUGGAAGCGACUCCGACCUCCAUCUCCACGACCACUCCGACCCCGAGGAGGACGGCAGCUUCUUCUCCGCAAGGAGCGCCGCCGGUGACGACGAAGAAGGCGAGCAAGAUUCCGACGACGGCGAGCAGGAGGAAGAUGACGACGACGAGGAAUCUGAUGACGGUGAGAUGGGGGAGCUCGAGCAGGAGUAUCAAGCCCUCCAGGCCAAUCAACAAAGCAUUCUUCAGACCUUGAAGCAGCACCGAGACGACGACGUCGCGAGAGGCCAGGCCGUCAAGAACCAAAAGGCCCUAUGGGACAAGACCCUAGAGAUGAGAUUCUUGCUGCAAAAGGCGUUUUCCACUUCGAACAAGCUUCCCAAGGAUCCCACCAAGUCAAGAUUCUGUGGUCAUGAUCAGGAGAUAGAGGAAGCAUAUGCUGAGCUGCUGGAUUCAUCUAAACAGACUCUCGGUUGCAUGCUGGAGCUGCAGGAGGCUUUACUGGAGAGGAACCAGGCUGCAAAGGCUCCGAGCGAUAAAUUACCUGAAUCAAAUGGAGAAAAUGACGAGUGGCUGGAAGUACAGAAAGUGCAGACAAGGAUAACCCCUUUCAGAAAUACCGAGAUAGAUAAAUGGCAGAGGAAAACACAGGUCACAACUGGCGCUGCUGCACUGAAAGGAAAGUUGCACGCAUUUAAUCAGAACAUAAGUGACCAAGUUGCUGGUUAUAUGAGAGACCCAAGCAGGAUGAUUAACAGGAUGUAUUUGAGGAAAUAUGAUGUUGGUGUAUUUGGAGAGAGUGCAGCAGAGCCUGCUGUUACCGCGGAGGGGAAGACUGUGGAAGGUGAUCCUGAACUUGUUGAUGAUUCUGAAUUUUACCAUCAACUUCUCAAGGAGUUUCUCGAGUCAUGUGAUGGAGCAUCUGAGUCUGCAUUUUAUGCUCUAAGAAAGAAGCAGCACAAGAAGAGAAAACUUGUUGAUCGCCGGGCUUCAAAGAGCAGAAAGAUAAGGUAUAAUGUCCACGAGAAGCUUGCUAAUUUCAUGGCCCCUGUUCCUAUGACGGUUCCUCCGAUGGCUUCGAAAUUGUUUGAGAGUUUGUUUGGGAUGGGCAACCAGAAGCCAACCACAGUCUGAUUUAAGAGGCUGACUCAAAGUUUCGACAUGAGAGAAGGUUCAGCUGGCUGCUUUUUUCUGCAGUUUUAAAUUGUAAUAUGUAAUGACGAUGCUGGUAGAAAUAGUAAUUCAAAAGUGUUGAAUCGCUUGACCUGAAAAGUGCAUUUCUGUUGCUGCGUAAGCUAGUUGUUGUCCGAUGGUACAGUAUAUGUAAAACUGAAAGUAAUACAAAUACUGUGCCCCAUAUUGUGACCUUGAA